AUGUCCCUCCCGUUUGAUUUUGCCGAGUGCUACCAGAGCCGUGCCCUCCCAGCGCCGCCGCGCCCACCCAGCGCCGCCGCCACCGUCCUGCGCCGCCGUCGUCUUCCUGUGCCUCGCUGCUCCGGCACGCGCCCAGCGCCGCCCCUCCCUGACGGUCCCGCAGCUCGGCCUGCUCGCCCCUCCCCGCGCCGCCCGAACUCGCCGCGCCCUCGGGGGGCGCCCGGCCGCGCUGCCACGACCGCGCCGGCACCGGCCCCACUACGGCAGCGCCUGCCCCGGCCAGCGUCCACCCCGGCCUACUCUUCCAGUUCUGCGAGUGUUCGGUCAGAUUUUACUAUUUGCUGUUGCAAGCGAGUCCUCAAAUUUCUGCCCAUCUUUAAGGAAGCAGCAAAGUCAUUUAAGGGAAAGGCCGAGCUGUUAGAAACAAAGGAGUCACACGUGCAGUUGACCGCUCAGCACGCACAGCUGACAACUCAGGUGGCGCAGCUGACCGCUCAGGUGACCCAGCUCAUUCAAACCAUCAGGCAAGGACAAGUUAUGCCGGCGGUUGCACACUACACUCCUCCUCCAUCGGUGUGUUCAAACGCUCAUCAGACAUCACCGGCGGUUGAUCCCGUCAAUCCUUCACCGACGUCCGGGAGGCCACCCUUUGAGUCUUUGCCACAGUAGCUAUGUUGACCUUUUAAUAAUAGACUUGUCAUGUUGAACUUUGAUGUAUUUGUGCGAGACUUGUCAUGUUGAACUUUGAUGCAUUUGAUGUCUUCGGCACAGUACUUGUCAUGUUGAACUUUGAUGCAUUUGUGCGGGACUUGUAAUAUCGAACUUGUGAUGUUCAAUAUUAAUGGAUUUUCGAUGGAUUGAUGAAAUA